GCAUAUCUACCACCGGUCCACCUGAUAUGUUGCACCAUGGCCGAACGGGAGCUGCCUUAUACACUCUGCGUAGUGUCCAAUUUCCACCAAGGCCCAUAUAUGCAAUUGAAUACAGUCGUUCGGAGGAAAGAGUCUGCUAUGCUGCCUGCAUGGAUGGAGCCGUUUACCGCGUCGAAAUACCUUUUAUACCAGAGCCGGCAGAGGAUGAGAAAAGUUUCGGCAUCAAAGCGAAUCCGGGGCUAGACUGUCUACAGAUGCAAUAUCAUGCAGCGCCAGGACCAUCUACGUGUUCUACUCCUUUUAUCACACAACGUUCGCCGGCGCUCUCUCUGGGGAUGUCCGCAGACUCCACUAACAUGGUCGCCGGGUACGCCGACGCCUCCAUAAAAGUGUACGACAUGGAGACACAGGCGGCAAUUCGUACAUACAAGGUUCACAAGCUACGCCUCCAGUUCAUCCCAAAGAAGCUGCAACGCAUGCACAUUGGGCAAGUGUGCGCACUUAAGUGCCACGAUGACAGGCCAUUCGUCUUCGCGAGUGCUGCGUGGGAUAAGACAGUCAGGAUCUGGGACACGAGGUGCCAAGUUGGCUGCACGAUGACGUUCGAAGGGGUUGACGUGUGCAACAACAGUAUUGAUUUAAAAAGAAAUUUCCUCAUAGCAGGCAGUUGGCAACCUACAGAGGCUCUGACAGUGUGGGACAUCACUGCCAAGAAGAAGGUCUCCAUCGUGCGCGUGCAGAACCGGCGACCGGACGUCGAUGGCGAAUACAUCUACGCGUGCCGGUUUUGGAAUUCUAGUAAGUACAACCGCAAAGCAAAAUACGGGAUCAUAGGCGGCAGUGGUACCAACUGCGUAGAAGUCAUCAACCUGCACAACCGCUACAUCACCUGCUCGUACCCUGCCGAAGGUUCUGUCCUCGCCAUCGCCAGUUACGAUGACCUCAUCGCCUUCGGAGGUACAGCUCCCGUCCUCAGCGUAGUGAGCUUCCACGAUCCCAAACAUGAAGAGUACCCUAAGGACUUGGACACAUUGCACCCGGCGGACUAUGGAGACGUGAUCUUACAUGAUUUUGAUGAUUUAAGCUUUGCUUCGACUGACGCUUAGCAUUAUGUAGACGGAAAGUUAGUGCUUAAUGGUAAAAGUCUGGAUUGAAUACACGUUUUAAAAUUGGUGCUUUGCUUUGUGUUCGUUAAGUUAGGUGAUAUAUUAGGAUUUUCUGUUGGUGCUACAAUAAUAAGGCAAUUGUUUAUCUUUAGGUAGGUCCCUAAAAAGUAGGUUUCACUUAAACUCACAGGGUAACGGAACCAACACGUGUUAAGCUUUAAGCGGGGUGUGUUUUACCUACGGCUAAAUUAUAUACGUAUUUCCACAUUUCCUUAUAAAAUAAAAACACAAUUUUUAACCUUAUGAU